UGGGCGCCGGACAGAGCUGAGGAGCCGCGGGCGAGCUGAGGGGCUGCGGCGCCGGAGCGUCGGUGUGGGGCGCCCGUCCUCGUUUGCGCCGCUCCUCGCUCCAGCCCACCCCUGGGAGCCUCGGCGUUCUUCCCGCGUGCGGCCGCGCGGGACGAUGGCGGCGUGGCGGUCGUGGCCCCGCGCGCUGCUGCUGCCGCUGCUGGCCCAGCUGGUGUCGGGGCGCAGGACUUUGGGGGACGCCAGGGCCGGCGCGCCGCGAGGGUUGUCCGAGCCAUCCUUGAUGGCAAAACACGAAGACAGUUUGUUCAAGGAUUUGUUUCAAAACUACGAAAGAUGGGUUCGUCCCGUGGAGCACCUGCAUGACAAGAUCAAAAUCAAAUUUGGCCUUGCGAUAUCCCAGCUGGUGGACGUGGAUGAGAAAAACCAAUUAAUGACAACGAAUGUCUGGUUGAAGCAACAAUGGAUAGAUGCCAAGCUCCGGUGGAACCCCGAGGACUAUGGAGGGAUCAAGAUGAUCCGGGUGCCCUCGGAUUCCCUCUGGACCCCAGACAUCGUGCUAUUUGAUAAUGCGGAUGGACGUUUUGAGGCGGCCAGCACAAAAACAGUGGUCAGGUACAACGGCACCGUCACCUGGACGCCACCAGCCAACUACAAGAGCUCCUGCACCAUCGAUGUCACCUUCUUCCCGUUCGACCUGCAGAACUGCUCCAUGAAGUUUGGCUCGUGGACCUAUGACGGCUCGCAGGUGGACAUCGUCCUGGAGGACCAGCACGUGGACAAGAGGGAUUUCUUUGACAACGGAGAAUGGGAGAUCGUGAGCGCCACGGGGAGCAGGGGCAACCGAAGCGACAGCUGCUGCUGGUACCCAUAUGUCACCUACUCCUUCGUGAUCAAGCGCCUGCCCCUCUUUUACACCCUCUUCCUCAUCAUCCCGUGCAUCGGCCUCUCGUUCCUCACCGUGCUCGUCUUCUACCUGCCCUCCAACGAGGGCGAGAAGAUCUCCCUCUGCACCUCUGUGCUUGUCUCGCUCACCGUCUUCCUGCUGGUCAUUGAGGAGAUCAUCCCGUCCUCAUCCAAAGUCAUCCCGCUCAUCGGCGAGUACCUGGUGUUCACCAUGAUCUUCGUGACCCUGUCCAUCAUGGUGACUGUCUUUGCCAUCAACAUCCACCACCGCUCGUCCUCCACGCACGACGCCAUGGCGCCCUGGGUCCGCAGGCUGUUUCUCCACCAGCUGCCCAGGCUGCUGUGUAUGAGGAGUCACGCCGACCGCUACCGCGCCCAGAGGGAGGAAGCCGAGAGCAGGGCCAGGCCCCGGGCGCCCAGGAACACCCUGGAGGCCGCGCUCGACUCUGUCCGCUACAUUGCCAGACACGUCACCAAGGAGAACGACAUCCGGGAGGUGGUGGAGGACUGGAAGUUCAUAGCCCAGGUGCUGGAUCGGGUGUUCCUGUGGGUGUUCCUUCUAGUCUCGGUGGUUGGUUCCCUUGGGCUUUUUGUUCCUGUUAUUUAUAAAUGGGCCAAUAUCAUCAUACCAGUUCACAUUGGAAAUGCGAAUAAGUGACACUUGACUGAGGAGUUGUAGUCUGAAUUUUGUUAGCAAGCAUAGUGCUUGUGGCUCCUAGAAAAUGAUGAAAAAUGUAAAUUGUGCUUAAAACUUUUUUAAAAAUUGUUUUUCAGAGGAAGAAAGAGAGCUCCCAUUCACUUGCUGAUGCCCCAAAUGCCCACAAGGUUGGACAAGGCCAAAAGCAGGAGCCAGGAGCUCCAUCUGGGUCUCCCCUGUGGGUGGCAGAAACCCAACCACUUAAAACAAGCACCUGCUACUCCCAGGGUGUGCAUUUGUAAUAAACUGGAAUUGGGACUGGAUCUGGGACUUGAACCCAGGUACCCUAAUAGGGGAUGGGGGUGUUCUGGGUGGCCUCCUUUUACCCACAAGGCCAAUAGCCUGCCCCCAUAUUUAAAAGUUAAUGCAAGCCUUAGCUGACUGGCAGUAGCUAACAUUGAUCUGUCCUAAUACACCAUCCCUUAGGACACCUGCUAGGAUGACUGCAGAGAUGCUCAGAGCUGAUGCUGAGAACAGCAGCCAAGUGCUCUCUCAGCACAGCUCAGGGGCUGUAGGCAGCAGGGAGGUGUCUCACUGUGCUCCAAAGCUCCAGGUAUAUGUGAAGGGUCAGUCAGAAAUGUUCCCUGUAUUUUGUAAAAAUACUAGAAUUCUUUGUCCUGGAUUCAGAGGAAUUAGCUCAACUUUUAGCUUACUAUUACACUGUUCUAUGAAAGCAGCUACUUGCUAUAAAAGUAACUCAGUGGGAUGUUUUUCUGUCAUUUUCUUUUUUCUCGAAGGUUUAUUAUUUGAAAGGCAGAGCCACAGGGAUAUUCCACCUGCUGAUUCACUCCCCAAGUGGUUGCAAUGGCCGAAGCUGGGCCAGGCAAAGCCGGGCACCAAGAGCUUCAUCCAGGUCUCCCACAUGAGUGCAGGGUUCCAAGCACUUGGGCUUGCCUUGGCUGCUUUCCCAGGUGCACUAGCAGAAAGCUGGGUGGGAAGCAGAGGAGCCAGGCCUGGGAGGAAGCGCCUCAACUACUGACUUGAGUUCUGCACCAGACUCCUGCCCCUGCGGUAACUGCCUUCGUCACUGGCCUUCCAUUGCAGUA